UCUAGUUUCCUGUUUCGUGAUGAUGAUAGGUCUCAAAGUCUGGUCAGAAAGACUACGUCAGGACAAGCCAAGACAGAAGAGUUCCCGCCCGUCAAAAUUGCCGUUUUCGGCAUUAUUUUGUGUAGAUUUAAGAGUUGACUAAUAAGUCAGCAUAUAGUCAGCCCAAUUAUGCCGUUGAGAAAGGGAAGAAGACCAAGUAAUUCACAAAAUGAAGCAAUACCUGACCAAAAGAGGACAAGAUCGAGUCAGGAAAAGAAUUCUAGCAAAGCAGCAUCGAAAUCUGUCACGCGAAAGAAUGCUGAGGUGGAAAAACGUGAACAGAUGCAAUCUAAGUCUCCAAGAGUUGAGAAAACACAUAAGGCGAAGCAAGGUGCUUUGAAAGAGGACAGUUUAGACAAACAGGCCAGUCCAAGGUCAGAUACAGCACCUCGCCCAUCUCCAAGAGUAAGUGCCCGGAAUGCAAAAAAGGUGGCGAAUGCAUCGGAUAAAACUGAAGAAGUCCAAGAAAAAUGUGUGGAAGGCGUUCAGCAUGCUUCUCAGAGGACCACUCGUCAUCGCAGCAGUGAAGAGCCUCCACCUACCUCAGAUAGUAGUAAAGCUAAUACCCCCAUCCAGAAUGUCAGAAGAGGCCGCCCUCCAUCUGCAAAUAAGGAAAAGUCAAAAAGUUUUGAUGUGUCAAAAGAUAGAAGUGCUGAAUCACCAAAGACUACACCUCGGCCUAGAGGAAGACCUAGGAAGUUCCUGCCCACAAAGCCAGUAGAAAAGUCAAGUGAGAAUUGUCAAGAGGGGAAAGCACCUGAAGAUGGUCAAGGAGAGAAACAGGAUUCUGUGUUUGGAGAAAUUUUGUCCAAAGAGAAACCAUCGGGCGGGGAAGACAAAGCAGGAGAAUCUGUGGGUAUUCAGAUCAGUGAUGUAAGAAGCAUCAGUGACAGUGCUGACUCAAGUAGUGCUAGUGGUAACCAGAAAGACACAGAUGGAAAAUAUGCUCAAAAUGUGGAUAAGAAAUCACAAGAUGAUGAAAGUAAAUCCCAGAAAGUGCAGAGUGGCCCUUCACAAUCUGAAAACAAGAGGAGGAACGAGGGUAGUACUGCUAAAUCUGAUAUGGUGACAAUAGGCACACAGACCAGGACUGUUCCUAGGAAGAAGAGGCCGAGCCAAAGUGGUUACCAAGAGCAGCAGCCCUCAGUGAAAAAACAGAAGUCAGAGGAUAAAGGGAAAGAGGACUCCGAAGCAGUGUCCCCUAGGAAAAGUUCUCGGCAGCGGAAACUUAGCCGGUGGUUUGAAGACAUGGAGGUGAGCUUCGGUAAGAAGAAAUCCCCAGAAGUCAGAGGUAGAAGAAAGAUUAUCCAGAAUUCGGUACCAACAAGCAUAGUUGUUGAGAGUGUCUUAGAUGUAUCCGAGGAUGUGCAAGCUUCAACAACUGAAACUGACCAAGCAGAACAGGUUCAGGUAAAUGCUACUGACCCUGAAAUCUCAUCAGAGGAGAAAGAGGCCCUCGCUCCAGACCCCAUGGCUUCAUCUCCAGUACCUCAAAUGACUACACACGAAGGCACACAGGCUGAUAUAACAGAGGAAGAGGAGGAGCUAGCCGAGGCAGUGUCCAAUCAAAGUGGCAUUGAGAAGAAUACUGUGGAUGAGGACGAAGCUCAAAGCAAAUACAUCAUCCCGUUGGUUUUGACAGAGCCUCUGUGUGAGCCUGCCCCUCCACCAGAGAAGCCUGGGAUACCUGUCCCGGAGGAAGAGAUGCUGCAGGUGGAAGCUAGUACAGAGACGACUGAGGAGAUACAACAAACCAUAGUACUAAGUCAGCCCAAGCCUGAUGAGCCCAUCCCGGACACCUACCGUGGGUUGACUUACACCAGUGUUGUAUUGCCGGCAGAACAGGCAGACUCCUCUGACCCCAUGCUCAAGACCAUAUCUGUGGACAUACAGGGGACUGGGGAAGCAGGCAAGGCCCAGCUUAAGAAACAGGAGUUUGUCAUUGUGAGAUUGCCUGAAGGGGUGGCCAUCCAACAAGAGGGUACAGCAGCUCGCAAAAUGGUGGAAGAUGAUGAUGGUGUAAGGUGCAGUGUGAAUGAAGCAGAGGGCACCUACAAGUGUUUGGACUGUGACUACAUCACUAGUAAGAAACCGAACUGGUACAAGCACAAGAAGAGGCAUAUGGACGUGAAGCCGUAUGCGUGUAAUGUGUGCCCGUACAGAUCAUCCACGAGCAGUAACCUAAAGAGGCACAUGAAUAUUCAUCGUGACGUGCGCAGCCAUGCUUGUGACAGGUGUGGUCUGACCUUCAGACAGAAGAUCCACCUGCUGAGACAUGUCAAGUACAAACAUGAGGAGAAGAGUGUACAGUGUCCACUGUGCGACUAUGUCUGUGCUAAUGAAAAUCCUGAUUUGAAAAUCCACAUCAAGCGACGACACGAGCGCCCCAAGGAGAUGAGCGCCGACGGAGGAUUCACGUGCGAUGAGUGUGGACUGGUGGCAAUCUCCAGAAAGGACUACAGACAGCACAUGAAGUUCCACAGGAAGGGUCCUGAAUUGAAGCUGUUCUGUGAACACUGUAGUUUUGUGACAGACUGUGAGAGCCGCAUGAACAGGCAUAUGAUGAUCCACACUAAGGAGAAGCCAUUCCAGUGUGGGCUGUGCGACUACAAGGGCACCCAGAAGGAGCACGUUGUCAGGCACAUGAAAUCCCAGCACCAGAUAGAGAUGCCAGAGAAAAACAUCACCCGCGCCUCCCGAGAGAGGCAGGGAAACAACGAUGUUGCCUUGGCUGCUCUCGGGAUCAGCGAUGACAGCAUGAGCAACCCACCCACGCCUAGUCCAUCUGACCAGGAGAAAAAAUAUGACAAGGCUGACUUUUCCAGCCGAGAUAAAAUAUUCGCCUGUAAUCACUGCACGAUGAAGUUUGCCAAGCUGAUUAACCUGUACAAGCACCUGCACACCCAGCACCGUUCCAUCAUGCCCAUGGCCACAGAGGAGUUCUCCUGUGUUGUGUGUGAAUUCCGCACCACGUCCAAGAAGAAUUUACUGGUGCACAUGAGAAAACACAAUCUCUUAGAUCAAAGCCCACCCACGCAUGUGUAUUCGUGUGUGCUGUGCAGUUAUGUCAACCCAAAACGCAGAAACCUCUUCCAGCACAUGAAGAAAAAACACAAGAUAGAAAUUGUAAUGAAGGAUGAUGGUUCUGCUAACUGCUUCAUUGCAGAGAACUCAAAUCUGGCCGGUGGAAGUGGGGAAGGUGGUAAUGAGAACUUGAUGACAGUUGGGGAUGUGGUGACAGCCUCGACCUCAGACACCCAGAUCCAGGUAGUCACGGACAACGGGCCGUCUGGCAGUGUCCAGAGACUGGUCAGCAUCAGUGAUUUGACCAAUGCACUGGCCCUACCCCAGAACACGGACGGCGUAGUGUACAUUGACCAGGGGUCCAGCAGUAAGGCCGUCACACAGAUGGACCUGGCUGAUCUGCAGGUGGAGUCCAUCAACGUGCAGCACGAGGCAGCAGAGGCCAUCCAGGGCCUGCAGGCGUUAGCAGAGCAGAGUCAAAGACACAUUCUGGAGGCCCCCAUCAUUGAGCAACUGCGGGGCUCUGUGUCCGAUGCGCAGGUGGAACUGAGCGAACAGGUGUUGACAGAGCAGGUGGAAGAGUCGCAGGUUGUUGAGGGGAGUCAGCAGGUUGUAGGUGUGGAGUCAGAGUCGGCGGUGGAGUCUGAGGAAGCAUUAAGCAGCUCAGGGGAGGAUCGGCCGAGCAUACAGCUUACGUCCGAUCAGCUCAUGAAUUUGUCCUCAGGUGACUAUGUGGAGAUCAAUGGGGAAAUGUACAAAGUAGAAUUCACAACUGAGGACUCUUCUAGUUAAUAGAUAGAAUUUACUGAGGUAUUUUUUCUUGGACCCAUCGUUCGUAGCAGUGUAUACAGUACCUUAAUACUCAUUGUAUUGUAUGGACCAGGAAACAGUCUUCAGUUAUUUAUCUUGGAUGUUUACUUUGUCUUGAAUUUAAAUACACAUGUCCUUUUCUCUGUUCAUAUUGAAACUAUGUGAUGAUCUGGAAGAAGAUGUUGUGCUCAGUAAUUUUUUUCACACAUGAAUGAUUUAAAUAUAUUGAGACGUUAUGAAGUUGUAUCAAUGCAUUUUUGAAGCUUUCAUGUGCACAUAAAUUCAUUUGCCUAAAUUUCACUAUGCACUUGAUGAAUUAAUUCUAUCAGCAGCAGGAUGUAAAGUCCACUAUUCAUUUUGAUGAUCUACUGUAUCUAUUUUUGAAGUUAAUAUCAGGGUAUUAAGUGUUUGACCAGAAACUUUCAUCAAGAGUUUUGUUAUCACCAAGUUUCCAUGUUCACUUCCUGUUCCCAGUUGUGACAUAUUUAUAGUAUGUUACUUGAUUUGUUGCCAAUAAACUUUGGUUUUAAACUUUGAAAAACCAUCUGGA